AUGACGCCAUCAAGGACGAGAAAGGACUUUGCCUUUCUCCAAUUGGCUGCGUACCACAAGAUUGCUGAUCAUUCCUUCUGGGGACUCAACGAGAAGACAAUGAAACUUGCCCUAGAGGGCGCUAUGCAAUUUGGCACGGCCCCACUACGCAUCCGAGAGGCACUCAUGAAGGCAAACCCAGACUAUGGGCCAGUUUACACAUACAAGAAUGACAUGUCUGGUGGCUUCUACCGCAUCCAACUGUCAACUACUGGCGCACUCAAGCUUGGGGUCAUUUUACCGCGUUUUGAGGGACUUCCACAGUUGGUUGCACUGCCGCUUGUGCUCCCAAUGGGUUGGACAGAACGUCCGCCGUGGUUCUGUGCUUUUACGGAAACGGUAGCCGACUUGACAAAUGUUGACUUGCAACAAAACAAGCGAGUGCCACCCCAUCCUUUGAGAAGGGCAGCAGCCAUCACUGACUUUGAAAUGGAAGUAUUUGUGGACAAUUUUGUUGGAAUGGACCAAGACCAUCCGAGCAAUCCCUUGACAAAUCAACAAGCCGUCCUCAGCCACAAUACUGACAAGGUCUUCCAACAAAAUCAACCCACUGACAACAAAUGGCGAAAAGAGCCACAGUCACAAUCAAAGAUGGCCAAGGGAGAUGCCUUGUGGCACACAGUCAAAGAAGCCUUGGGUUGGAACUGGGGGUGCGACAACCAAGACCGUGUCACUCCUAGGCGAGGUCCUGGAUUGCAAACGAGUCUCCCUGAAACGAUGGCAGCAGAUGUCAGGCGUCUUACAAAGCCUGCAGCCAGAAAUGUCGGGCAGUGA